CGCGCCGCCCUCACCACAUCGUAUUUUCCGCGCAGGAUUGCGAUGUGACCCGCCAUGUUUGGCCCUCGCAGAGUCUUACAAUCCCGACUGCGCGUUCUCGCGACCCAAGCGCAACCAUGGUCUCGGCUCCGAUCCCAGGUACCACGAAACAGCAGCACCGUUGCCCAUGAGCCCGCGCCCCAAUCAUCGAGGUGGCCGCGACGCCUGAUAUAUACUGGAAUCUUUGGUGGUCUGGGACUGGCCGCUGGGAAAUGGAUGGACCAGCAAGUGUCCGCGCCUCCAGUGCCGGGAUCAGUCGAAGACCUUGCCAAGCUGGAGGAGAUUUACUACGCCUACGAGAACGGCCUGCCUCUUGUGCGAGAUCUCCGCAAGGACCCGGAUUUCGUGGAAGCAAACGUGUAUGGAAACUAUUCGGAGGAGGACAAGAUCGGGAGGCUGACGUCUGGGCCCUUGAGCGGGAGCCGGGGACUGGCGCUUCAGAAAGUGUUUUGGAACGAGAAGGAGAAAAAGGCGGUUAGCGUGGUCUUCUUGGGGACUGGGCUGGAAGGAUGGCCAACAGUCGUUCAUGGCGGAGCUCUUGGCACCGUGCUGGAUGAGAGUUUAGGACGAGUCGCAAUCCGCCAUCUCCCCGAACGGACUGGCGUUACUGCCAACCUCGAAAUCAACUAUCGUGCUCCGGUGUACUCGGGCAAUUUCUACUCGUUCCACGCCACUGUCGACCAGGAACGCAGCAGUGACCGCAAGGCCUACGUGACUGGCGAAGUGCGUGACCCCGUUGGAAGACUGUGCGCUCAAGCCACUGGGCUGUUUGUCGUUCCCAAGAAGUACAAGCUGCAGAAGGUUGGCACUGAAUAUUGAGGCCCGCUAUACGAACAUUCCAAGGGCUUUGAACGGGGCCGAGGGGUCAGUUCUGGACUCUGCGUUGGCUCAGGCGCCAUGGACGCCACGAAAUUCCACAGGCAGGCAUGUGCUCUAGAUCCAGGAAAAAUGCGACAAUAAUAAAGGGGGGGCAAAGUGUCGUUGAGAGUACCAUAUAUCACUGUAUGUACAUAAAUAGACCUAUCUACAGAGACCCAAAGUCGAUACUAUCUAGAAUCCGGCCUCGACCG